AAAGUAAUCAUGGUCAGAAUAACCUUAGUUACUUUAAAAAACCAGAGUUACUUUUACAAGUAAUCAUGGUUAGUUUAAUGUGUAUAAAUAGGCCUCAUAGAGCUGAAGAGAAGGCAUCGGGUUUUUCCCUACCUUCUUCUCUCUCUCUCCCCCUCUCUAUGUUUGUAAUCCCUGCAGUUUAUCCUUGAAUAAAGCUUGUUUCUAUUUACAAUCUACGCGGACUAGAAAAGCAUCAGAGAACAUAUCCUCAAAGGUUUUAACUACCUGCACAUAGGUAGUGUUCAAAUUGGUAUGAAACCUCUUACUAGAGGUUCACUAGACGUCGCCGUUCUUCUAUGUUUAAGAGAUACUAGACAUAACAAUUUUCACGACUCUCUCUUAGGAACUAUUGAAUCUAGCUUGAGUCAUGGACCAAUCUUCUUCAACUGUUAUCCGGACUUAACAGUAAGUCUGGAUGACAAGAACAUUCUUGAUGUUCUAUUCCUUAACAUCAAGCUUCAUGGAUAUGAUAUGAAGGAAGGAUCUAUCCCAAUCACCUUAAUCUACAGAGUUCAGUAUAAGGUUAUGAACUCAAUCAAAUCUCAUUUCCUUAAAACAAGUUGUGAAAAGUCUGGAGAAACCACUUUGUUUCUCACUGAUAAUAAAAAAGCUAAUAUUAUCGUCCCAAAAACUAUUCAAUGGAAUGAUAUCACUCUACCAGAGAAAUGGUCAAUAGAAAGAGCUACACCGGCUCAAUCUAUUGUCACCCCUGACUUCCGUGAUGUUAUCCAACACCAAACUGGGCAGGUUGAUUUAGUCUUUGAUAGGAGAAACUCCUUUUCCCUCCCUAGAUCGAUCAGAACUAAAGAAGACUUUAGAUCUACUAUGUCUAGAAGAUCUUUUUCCAUGUCUCGGACCAAUUCCAUCAGUAGAGCUCAACCUGAACCCUCCCAUGAUGAAUCUACAAUCCACCUUACUGGUUUUGAGACUACAACACCGGUAAAAACAACAUACCAAAUGGAUAAUGAUGACCAGAGAUCUACUUUAUCCCCAACCUACUCCUCCAUUGAAACCCCAAAUUUCAUUGGAGCAAUCAACAUAGAGUUCACUAUUGAUAAAGAAUCUCUUAGAAAAGAUUUCUAUUCCGAGGAAUGGACUCCUCAAAGAGAAUGGUUCUUCAAAAACUACCAAGGCCAAAAUAGAAAAAAUAUCCAAGAGCCAUUCUAUAGGUUUCUUGAACUCGUCCAACAAAAUAUCCCUUUUUUCAACUGGUUCCAUGCUUAUACCAUCAAAAAAGGGAUUAAUUACCCUUAUCAAGUCGAUGUCAUAACCUGGCAACUAAGCGAUGAAAAAACAAUACAAUCAGAUGUACCUCCCAAGGCACCUUUUGUGGUUAAAAAUGCCCAAAACCUUCGUGUCCUAGCAUCCCCGUUUAAAACGAAAAGUGAGGAAGCAGUUACAUGGAAGGAUAUCAAAGAUAUCAUGGAACAAGCCAACUACACAAACAAAUACCUUCAACAAUUAGGUGAUGAGGCUUAUUUCCAACUUUUGAACAGAGGAAAGGUUAAGAUGGAAGCAAGAGGGGUUAGAGAAAGCAGGAAGAGAUAAGACUUACAGUUUAUCUCUCUAGGAUCUGACUAUCUCUCUGCGUCUAAAGUGUGCCCUCUAACAUAAGAGGGGCUCUCUAUUUAUAGGAAAAAUAGAAACACUGUUUGAAUAGUUCCGGUUAUCGACUGGAACUGUUCGGUACUAACUACAGUGAAAAGUCAACUUUGCUACAGUAAAAAAAGUCAACUUUGCUACAGUAAAAAGUACAAUUUUUGAGAUGAAAAUCAAAGGAGAUCUUCUUCACUGUCUUCCAGGCUGUCUGGGACGAAACUGGCGUUAGAUUAUGAUUGAGAGGGUAUCCGAUGCUUUUCCUUUUUCUGCAAAGGGUCCUUUGAAGAAGAUGCUUGAUUGUCUUUUGAAUUAUUUUGUAGUAUUUGAAGGGCAACUUGGAGGCUUUUCAAUAAACCUUCCUCUGAAGAGGCACCUGCGAGUGCUGCAGUGAUGUGAGCCUUCUGGUUGAGCAGGAGGCAAGAUUGAGGACUUGCAUGAUUCAGAUAUUUCUGAUUUGUUCUGAUCCAAAGAUCAAUAUUUUCUUUUGAAACCAUUGAAGCAUCAAAGAUUUUCCACCAUUUGAUUGAGGUUUGCUUGUGGAGCUCAGGAAUAUUUUUUGUUUUAAUGAAGUACUGCCAUGCAAAAAUCCAAGACAGCGAAAAGAUUGUAUAAAAAUUUAAACUAACCGGAUAGUUGUUUAAAUCUUUAUUCCAAUUUUUUGAAAAAAGUUUGAAUCCCUCCAGUACUUCGGGGGGAAAAAUAUCUUUUGUAGGUCCAAAGAAAUCCCACCAAGAGUGGAACCAAUUUGGAAAAGAGUAGUUGGUGGCUUUCUUGAAAUAGAUAAGCCAGGAAUGUUUGAGAUUCUUAUUUUGGAAGCCGAGGAUGGUAUUUUCCCAGGCUCUGACAUGGUCCCAAUAAUUAAAACCUAUUGGAUCAAAGUUAUUGGAGAAUUUCUUGGUUUUGUUGGGAUUGCUACCAAAGUCUGAAGGUUUAAGAACUCUCAUGAUUUGGAAAGUUGAAUGGGUUAUUAGGGAUUCAUCAUUUUUGUCCCUAAAGUGUUUGAUUGCCACAUUAUCUGUAUCUACAAGAAUAAACUCAUAGAAGUUUUGGGUUUUGUUGUGGCUGAUUGGUUCAAGGUGGCUUGAUGUCGGAAAAACUUUUGAAGCUGUUUUAUCGGCUACGAGCUCACCACUAGUUUGGUCCUAAUACUCUGGUUCGAUCAACAUGACAAAUUUGGAAAUUGGUUUAUUGAGAUAUUCUUGUCUGGGAAGGGUUGAUUGGAUUGGUUUGGGAUUGGCUUGAAUGACUUGGGAUUUCUGGGUUUGGAUUAUUGUUUGGAGUGAUGGUAGGUCUUGGUAACUAUCAUCAUCUGCAAUGCUAGCCCAAGUCUUUUUUGGAAGUGUGGUUAGACCUUGUUCUUGGAAGGCCUGAAGGGUUUGGAAUGGGCAUGCAUAGUCUUCCUUAGUUUGUUUGGAUUGGACAAAGCUUUGGGUGGAUAACCUAGAUUGGUUUAGGGUGGAUGACCCAUUUUGAUGUAAAGAAACAUUCUUACCUCUGGAUUUGCUGCUUCCCCUUCCUCUGGAAGAAGAGGUUCUGGAGGCCAUUUUAGCCCCUUCCCUGUAAAUAUUCAUAUAUAUAUAUAUAUAUAUAUAUAUAUAUAUAUAUAUGAGAGGAGAGCCCUUGAUGCACGAGGUACACACAGGUCACUGCCAGUUAGUGAGGUUUUAAACCAUCGUAAAUUGUACAAUAUAUUUGAUGCUAAAUGAUUUAAACCAAAUUGAUUCUACAACUGUUGUUGGGUGGGUCACGAUCAAGACUAACCGUCUGUGGAAGCUGUUAAAUGAUUUAAACCAAAUUGACUUCCUGAUGUUGGAAGUUCAUUGCUUGGGUGUGCUUCAUAUUUACAGGAAAGCUAAUUCCUCUGCUGACAAUUUAGCAAAAGCAGGUUACAAUCGAUCAAAUACUCUCUAGUGGCGUUCUGAGGGGGUUUGAGGAGCCAACCCUUUCUAGCUGCUAUUUGCUUCUUGGCUGCUUGGCGCGCGUGCUGUUCUUUUUCCUUUUUACUUGGCUGCUGUUAUGUUCAAUGCCUUGUUCUCUCUUUUCUUAGCUACUUCUCUUUAAUUUCCUGUUGUUGUUUUUCUUUGGCUUUGGAUGCCUUGUUCCUUUUAUGUACUCUGUUUAUGCGGGCUCUUAUCCCAGCUUUCAUUAUUAUAUAUAUAUCAUCCUUUUGUUUCUAAAAAAAAAUUAUUUGAUGUUUCUUUUAGUGGCAGCUUUUAAUCGCCACUAAUUGCAAACUGUAUUUUUUUGAAGUUUGGCUGCUAUUUGCA